AUGGUCGAUGUCAUACCAUGUUUUAAAAAAAAUGACCCAACUGAUAAGUGUAACUUCUGCCCAAUAAGUAUUCUGCCAGUUUUCUCAAAAGUGUUUGAAAUCGUUAUUUACGAGCAAAUACGGGUUUUUAUAGAGCCAAGCUUUAACAAAUUACUGUGUGGAUUUUGGAGAGGGUAUAGUGCACAACACGCACUUUUUAAUUUAGUUAAUAAGUGGCAAGAAUGCUUGGAUAAAGGAGGUAUAGUUGGCGCUAUGCUUAUGGAUUUAUCAAAGGCAUACGAUUUAAUUCCACAUGAUUUACUUAUAGCUAAGUUGGAAGGUUAUGGGUUUUCUUACGAUAUUCUCAAACUCUUAUUAUGUUAA